UAUUUCCGCACUAAAGAUAUCCUUUUCAAUUUUACUCACUUAACACUUUUUGGAAUUUCUUUUUCUGUUGAAUAUAUUAUCCUUCCUUUGCUACUAAGAUUUCACUCUUCAUUGGAAUAUAGAUGUUUAACGACUCUUUGCUUUCAUAAAAUCAAUAUAUGUGCUGAUAAAGAAGUUUUAGAAGAAAGAAAGGGAACACGAGUUUAGGAUCAACCAGCAGCAUAUCGUUUGCAUAACUUCAAAUUCUCCGAACAUAACUUCAAAUUCUCCGAACAAAAUCCAGAAAUUAAUUAAUGUUGAUAACAAGGAACACUUGAAAUUGAAAGUAAUAUUUUUUUAUAGCAACGUGGAAAACCAAAUAAAUGAGUAGAGAAUUGUCAACGUGAACUAUCAAGAAUUACAAUUAUCAAUUGAAUUGCUCGACAACGAGACCAUGUCAGAGAAACUAAUUGACAGUCUUAUGGAAAAAAGAUUUGCCGAAUUGAAAGAGGCACAACAAAUGUUUGAACGAAAGAAUCAAAUUUUAAUUCCUAAGAUCCAAAGGGUUCCUAAGUUUUUGCGUCAAAAUGAAAGAUUUUAUAAGUAUUGUUCACCAAAGAUUAUAUCAUUUGGUCCCAUCCAUCAUCGCAACAAAAAUCUUAAAGUAGGAGAUCAAUAUAAGCUUUUAUGGACAUCAAUUUUUGUUGCGGAAUAUGGAAACAAGUUUGAUCAAGAUGCUAAUGAAGCAUGUCGACUUUUGCUUAAAAAGAUUGAAGAUAAUAUUGAAGAAUUGAAAAAUAUGUUCACUGAGGAUGUGAUUGAAGGCUACAAGGACAGUGAUCUUGCUUGGAUUUUAUUUGUGGAUGGAUGUUCUUUGCUAUAUUUCAUGGAAAAUGUUGAUGAUCGGUGUCCGGAAGCAUUAAACCUUAAGUUUGACCAAUUGAUGUAUAUUUGGAGAGAUAUUAUGUUGUUGGAAAACCAACUCCCAACUGAAUUGCUUGAAAUUCUAUGCAAAGAUUGGGGACCUAAAUUGGGAUUUUUAUUUGAAAAUUAUCAAGGUUUGGGUGAAUGCAAACGUAAUGGGAUGGUUGUGAUCCCACUGGAAAAUUCCAAACCUUUUCAUAUACUAGAUUCUUCUCGUUUGAUGUACCUAUCAUCUUCUCAAAUCACUCUCAAUUCUAAGGAAAACAAUCAAAUGGUAACACAAUCAAAAGAAAAUGAACAUAAUCAAAUGGAGAUUAAUACAAUCCUAAACCAAGAUGUUGGUGAUGAACAAGAGGUUGAUUGGAAUUGGAAUACUUAUAAAAGCAUACGAGAUCUAAAAACAGUAGGAAUUCGAGUGACAACAAAUAAGACAGAUGAAUGGACUUGGAGUAACAUUUCAUUCAAGUCUAAUUGGUUUAGUGGAGAACUAAGACUCCCUGUUUUUUGUUUCAACGAUGUCACACCCUAUUUUUUUCGAAACCUAAUAGCAUAUGAGAUGUGCCCGGAUGUUCAAUACAACUAUGAAUGCUGCUCGUUUUUCACCUUCAUGGAUUCAUUGGUUGACAAUGCUGAGGAUGUAAAGGAGCUUAGGUCAGCUGGUGUUUUUCAAAACUUGCUUGGAAGUGAUGAAGAUUUGGCAAAGCUCUUCAAUGAAUUAGGUGAUGAUUUACCAACAAAAAUGUAUUGCAACAAUUCGUACACAAAUGCAGUUGCCUAUAGUAAGAAAUAUAUUCUCAUCAAGCUUCAAAUUGAAAAACAUUACACAAAUAAAUGGAAGACAUGGUUGGCUCAAGCUUACAACACUCAUUUCAAUACGCCAUGGGCUAUGAUUGCCUUUUUAGCUGCAUCACUAGCAUUGGUUCUAACUUUCAUCCAAACAUGGUUUGCCAUACAUCCUAAAUAAAAAGUCAUAAUUGAUCCAAUUAAAUAAUUAUGUGUGUGAAAAAAAAUAUUGAUGUUAUUGUGUGACUUUCUCAUGAUAGUAAUUUUGUAUUAUUAUUUUUUUGUUUUUAUAUAACAUUAUUUUGUAUUAUAUUGAUAUCCAAGUUUCUUUGAUAAAAAUAAAGUGCAAAGAAACUAAUUGUACAUUGGAAAUUGUAACAACGUGGUUAGUGAUUAACAGUUAUAUAUUUUAAAGUCUUCUGUACUA